AUGGCUCCUAGCGGCGUCACCCAUGAAUUGUCUGCUAAGCGUCGGCAGUUCGCCGGCGAGCCUGGCUUCAAAGGGCUUGUCAGCAAUGGAAGAACCUUUAUGAUCGCGUUGUUCGCAUCUCUGGGAGGUCUCGUGUACGGCUAUAAUCAAGGAAUGUUCUCGUCAAUUCUCACAAUGAACUCAUUCCAGAAGGAGAUCCAAGGUUACGCUGCCGAGACGGGUGCUAAACAGGCUAUCACAACUGCAAUUCUCGAGCUCGGAGCAUGGGUGGGCACCUUGCUGAAUGGGUGGCUUGCCGACGCAAUUGGCCGCCGCCAAACUACAAUCCUGGCGGUCGCUGUUUUCUGUGUGGGUGUGAUAGUCCAGGCAAAUACCAAAGCUGUUAGCUACGUUCUUGGUGGUCGAUUCGUCACCGGUCUGGGUGUUGGCAGCUUGAGUAUGAUCGUGCCCUUGUAUAAUGCGGAGUUGUCCCCUCCUGAGAUCCGUGGAUCACUGGUCGCCGUUCAACAGUUGGCUAUCACCUUUGGUAUCAUGGUCAGUUUCUGGAUUGGCUAUGGCUGCAACUUCAUUGGCGGUACUGGCGAGACCCAGUCCAAAGCAGCUUGGCUGGUUCCUGUCUGUAUCCAGCUGGCUCCGGCCAUUGUUCUGGGUAUUGGAAUGGCCGUCUUUAUGCCUCAAUCUCCUCGUCAUUUAAUGAACACGGGCCGCGAAGAGGAAUGCUUGAAAGUCUUAGCCUGGCUGCGUAAUAAGUCGCCAGACGAUAUGGGAGUGCGUAUCGAGUUUCUGGAGGUCAAAGCGAUGCAUCUUUUCGAAAAAGAGACUUCUGAAAGGAAGUACCCUCAAUAUCAGGAUGGCUCUCGGAAGAGCCGACUUAUGAUUCUCAUCAACGACUAUAAGUCGCUUGUCACCAACCCGUCCCUGUUCAAGCGUUCAACAGUUGCUUGCUUGAUUAUGGUUUUCCAACAGUGGAACGGAAUCAACGCCAUCAACUACUACGCGCCCUUCAUCUUUAAAGGAAUUGGACUGACGGGUAACACUAUUGAUCUUCUUGCGACCGGCGUUGUAGGUAUUAUGGAGUUUGUUUUCACAAUCCCCGCGGUCCUUUGGGUGGACAAGUUUGGACGAAAGAGUAUUCUGAUCGCCGGUGCUAUCGGCAUGGCAUCCUGCCACUUCAUUGUCGCCGGUAUUAUCGGAGCUUUCAAGGAUGACUUCGCCACCCAUAAGUCUGCUGCGUGGGCAGGUGUGGUCUUUGUUUGGAUAUACUGUAUCAACUUCGGUUACUCUUGGGGCCCAGUGGCCUGGAUCGUCGUGUCGGAGGUAUUCCCACUAUCGAUGCGUGCGAAGGGUGUCGCUCUUGGUGGCAGCAGUAACUGGCUUAACAACUUUGCUGUCGGCAUGGCCACCUCGCCAUUCAUCUCUAAGACGCAAUUUGGCGCCUUCAUUUUCUUCGGCGUCAUCACCUUGAUCGGUGCUGUCUACGUCUGGUUCUUUGUUCCCGAGACCAAAGGCCGCACUCUCGAAGAAAUGGACGAACUGUUUGGUGUGAUCGGUAUCGCCGCUGCUGAUGAGCAGCAUAAGCGCCGCAUUGAGCGAGAAAUUGGUCUACUGGCACUUCUCGGAGAAGACGCAGAUGCUGUGGAGUCUAAAACCGCAUCUGAUGAAGCAUUCGAUCGUGCCGAGAAGCAUGUGGAGACGACGGAUCUCCCUAUAGAAAAGGCUUGA